AUGUUAUCAUACUUACAACGAGCAAUUAGUUCUGGUGAUAUUAAACCAAUCAAUUAUAAAUCAUUUACUUAUCUUCAUAAAAUUUCUACAAAGUCUUCUCAUGAAAUAACCAAAGUAUGGAAUGAUGAGACUAAAGGUUUUGCUAUAUUAAAGAGGAUUUCUAAUGACCAUUAUUAUUCAGAAAAUGUGAAUGAUAAAAACUGUACGAAAUUUGUUAAAGAGUACAUAAAAGUGAACUCGGAAUUUUCUCAUGACAAUGUUAUUCGAUUUUUUGGAUCAUGUCAAGAAUAUCAAGUACUUUACGAAAAAGCUUGGAGUGAUUCUCCUUUAGAUCGCCCUUCAGUUUAUUAUAUUAAAUCGUCGCUAGAUAAGAUGUUAAGUUCAUACUAUCCACCAAAAAAGUAUGGUUCAUUUAGUACGGUAGAUAGUGGAUAUAGUUCAGGCAGACAAUCUACUGCAAGUUCGCAAAGUAUCUCACAACCUAUUGUAUAUCUACAAAAUGCCGGAUCAAAUCAAUCACAAACAUCAUAUGGUUUAAAUCUUUAUUUUGAAUCACCUCCCAAGCAACCUGCGCCUAUAAAUUUACCAGUGAAAUCAAGUUCUCCUGCCCAGAUAUCUUUACUACAAACAGACAAUCAAAUUUUAAUUGAUCGUUUUAAACUUGAUUAUGGAUAUUAUUAUAAAGAUAAAUGUUUUGAGUCAACGGAAAGAAUGUUUAAAAGUGAUGAUUGUAAUAUUGAAUAUCCUAUAGAAAAUAAUUUACCUUUAGUCUACACAUAUCACAAUAAUCUUACCAAAGCAACAGAAUCUAGUCUCCAAAGUGCAAUUGAUAACCCGCAAAAUCCUCAAAAAAUGACUAAGCUUAAAAAGUUAUGCAAACAAUUUUUAUUAUUAGAUGUUACGCUAGGAGGGUAUAUUAUAAUUAGAGAUAUUGAUAUAAAUAAUUCGAGUAAUUUUAAAGAUUUGGAAAAUAUUAAGGCUCAAAUUUCAUGGACAAUAGAUUCAGCACAGUGGUCAUGUCCAAAUCCCUUUAAAUUUUCAGCUUCUAGAAAUUUUAAUUUUAAAAUUGAAGAUGCAAAUGGAACUUAUAUCAAUGAUCUUGAUGAAUUGGAAUGUUACUUAAAAAGUAUGUUUAGUUUCGAAAAUGUCAAGAUCAUUUCCUAUGACAAAGUUGUGCUGCUUUUCAAUCUAUUUAGCCAACAAAUGAAAGUAAAACUGAAACCUGUUUUCAAUUUACACGAUAUUAAUUACGACCAGUUUAACAAACAACUUAUCGAUAAAGUUCCUGAAACUCAUCAAUGUCUAAAGAUAAAUAAUUGGGUUUCUAAUAAUAAUAUUUUAAAUCUUCCAAUUUUGUUUAGUAACUGUUCUUUAAAUUAUGGAUUAUCUUUUAAUUCUACUAGAAUUAUUAUUGGAAAAAGUCCUGCUUUUCAAUUUAAAUCAGAACCUUCCAUCGUUCAACAAAUAUCAAAAGUUGUCAGAUUUGUUCCUUUGGAUUCUAAACGUAAUUCAUUCUUACUAGAAGGAAAUUGUUCGACUGAUGGAAAAUUGGAAAGUCUUUUUUCAAAGAAUCCUUUUAUAACUAAUCCUCUAUUAAAGAAUGAUUCAUUAGUGAAUGAUAUGCAUUUUUAUAUUGAAGAUAAGCAAGUUGAAUUAAAAUUUAACGAAAAUGAUAUUUUUCCAACAACAGAAUUAUCAAAUGCUGUAAAUAAUGCAUUAACACAUAAUAAUCCAUAUAAAGCACUUCAUGAAGUUUUUAAUGAAUUUGGUCACGUAAUUUGUAUAGAUAUGACUAUUGGUGGAAAAUUAAGUAGAAUUCAUUCUUAUCCUUAUAUUGAAGAUGAUCGACGUACCUCAAAAAAGCCAGAAAAAACUUUUAGAUGGGAAACUAAUGAAAAAUGUAUUGAAAUAUUAAAUGAAUUAGAAAAAUCUCAUGAAUCAUUUGAUUUAACUUAUUUUUUUAAUGCUGAUGGUCAAAUAAUACCGAUAAAUAAGAAUGAUAUUGAAUCAUGGAUUGAAAAUAAUACAAAAAAUGUUACCCAAUGGCAAAUAAUUAAAAGAAAAACAUUUAUUCCUACGCAUCAAAUUCUUGAUAAUGAUAUUCAAGAACAAAUUGAAGAUUUGAUUAAGAAUUUGGAAAUUCCUAAUGUGUUGAUGAUAGGUGUAAAUCAUUUCAAUAACUCUAAUAUUAAAUUUAUUCGGAUAAAAUUUGAGCAAUCUUUAGAGAGUGAUAAAUAUAAAGUUUAUGGAUAUAUAUUUCAAGGAAAUGGAAAUAAAUCGAACUUUGAUAUUAAAUUUCGGUCAAAAGAUUAUUAUGGAUUUUCUGAAUUUAUUGAAAUUGAUAAUAAUUAUCUCCAAAAUGCACCUUUUACUGUUUACUGGAUGCUAGUAGGAAAACCAUCUUUGGUUGGUUGUUAUAGUAAACAUGCAAGAAACAUUAAAAUUAAAACUGGUGAAACAAAGAUCGAAGAACCUACCAUAAAAAUAACUAAUCUCAAAGAGCCAUUAUCUCAAUUUUGCACUAUAAUGACUUAUUUGGAUUAUCCACCUACCAAUAUUGAACCAUCUUUUGAAAUAGUUCUUGAAUCUUGGUCAGAAUACAAUAUAACUUUAAAACUUUCUGACAAUUCAUUAUCCCAAAAUGAUAGUCCUUUUCAAUUAUCUGAUUAUACAUUAAAUUGGUGUAUUAUUUAUUCUAAUCAAGAACUUCAUAUUAACUUAGAUAAUAAUGAUGUUUGGAUAUCUCCUGGCAUAAAACUUGAUCCAAACCUUUAUACUAAAGAUUAA